UGUCAUCUCGAUCCAAAUAACAAUAUAAAUCGGUCCUGUUUUAGAGUAGAAGCUAAUCAAACCAAACCAAACACUCCCUACCUAAAUUUCCAAGCCCUAAUUUUCCCCUUGAUCACAUCCUCAAUUCAAAUCUCGUCGCACAAAUCUCGUCUUUUCGGUUUGAUCGUGUAAUGUUGAUUGAAUUCGGUCAUUUUUGACCCGUGAAUCCCUAGUUUGGGGAUCUUUUGGAUGGACAAGAGUAAUAGUAAUAAGAGUCGUACCGAUAUGCUUGCAGCUGGGCGCAAGAAGCUUCAGCAAUAUCGUAAGAAAAAGGAUGGUAAGGGGAGCAAAAAAGGUGGUAAAUCUGAACAAGAUGCAAAAACCGAGGCGGCAGCUAGUGCUGUUGAUCUUGCUGAUGCUAAACCACCAGUUUCUGGAGGUGAAGAAUCUGGAUCUGUUAAUCUCGCUGAUGUGAAACCUCAAGUUUCUGGAGAUGAAGGGUCUGGAUCUGAAUAUGCAAGGGAGCGUGUCAAUCCUCCAUCUUUGCAUUCUAUGGAGAAUUCUGUGGCUGCUGAUAUUGGUGAGUCAAGUUCUGGAUCAAUUCCAGUGCCUAUUGUUUCUGAAACUGGUGAAGUUAAAGCUUCAUUGACGGGAGUUGUUAAGCUUCAACUAGAUGGUGCAGAAGCUGACGAAGGGGGUCAGAGAUCAAAUGUUUGUAAUGAGAAGGGAGGGGAUUCUUCAGUUCAAAACAAAGCUGAAAAUAGUGCUGACAUAGAUAUUGAUACAGUCAACAAAUCAUCAUUAGAAAUACUGGAAAUGGCCAGUUCUGAAAAAAAGCCUCACCAUGUUAGCGUGUCUACAUCUGUUGAUUCAUUUGCCCCAUCUGAUUUGAUUGAUGAUAGUGGAAAAGGCGAUGAUGCAAUUGAAGUGAAGCCUAUACAUGGGGUAGAUCAGGUACCAGAUGUAGGGGCAAUGCAGGAGGCUGAGCAUGCAAGUUCGGAGAAUACUGAUAGAAGCAGGGCAGUGGAAUUUCAAGGGGAUGUGACUGCUGAUAUAGCAGGGCCUGAUGUGUCCAGCUACCUGCACAAUGAAACUGACAUUUCUGGAUCUGACAGUUCCUUUAUUGAGAUUGAGAAACAAAAGGCUGGCGAGAAUUCAGACUCUUGUAAGCCCUCACCCUUUGAAGCUGAUGGCGCAGCUGUAACUGCUGAAGUAAUGACAGAAGAUAUGAUGGUGGGCUCUUUAAAUGGACAAAUUUCUAAAGCAUCUUUGUUGUCGUGCACGGGACCAGAUGAUGAUUCUGCCAGUAAAAUGAUUUCCUUGGCAGAUGGAAGCUUGGUAAGCCUCUCGCAGCUUGCCGGGGUGGUGCACAGGCUUGAUGAAGAUGAGUUCAGUUUUCUGCUGGCAGCACGAAAGCAUGCUAGUAAAGAAAUUAGCAGUGUUGGUGUUCAGGGUUCUUGGUUUUCUGAUGUUUUAGAGCCACUUCAGGAACAAUUGUAUCUCACUAGUUUUGCCAAAGAUUUGUAUCAGAUUAUACAUGAGGAUAUUGAUCAUCAACAUUAUCAGAUGGUCAAUGACCAUUCUGCAGCCACUGGUUUGCUUAAUGAAGUCCAGGUGAAGAAUGAAAGCCUUGGGCUUGAGCUUCAAAAAUGUUUAUCAGAAAUUCAAUUAUUAAAUUCUGAGAAGGGAGACCUCCAAAAUGAAUUUGGGUUUUUGAAGGCAGAGUUUGUGGAAACAUCCACUAGAUCUGAUGAACUACAAGGUAAGUUGGCGAUGUCACAGAAGGAGUUGGGAAAUGCAUUAAGAGACUUGGCUGACUGCAGGAAUCUGGUGGCAACAUUGCAGACUGAGAAUGAAACUAUGAGCAGGCAUCUGACUUUGGUGACGGAGGAGAGAAACAAAUAUGCUGAUGAGAAUGCUAUCACAAUUGGAAAUAUUGAUUUAAUAACAAAUGAGAAACUGAAGCUUGAGGAGGAAAAGGACUCCUAUUUGAAUGAAUAUAAAAAAUUGUCGACAGAGCUGGCUGAUAACAAGGCUUUAGCAGAAUCUCUUCAGCUCGAAAAGGAUAGUUUGAAAGGCAUUCUUGUUUCACUCACAGAAGAACAUGAUUUUUCUAUCCAUGAGACGGAAAAACUGUCCACAGAAUUAAUUGAAUACAAGGUCAUUGCCGAGACUUUACAACAGGAAAUCUCCAAUUUAAACAAUAGUCUUGCUUUAAUAGUUGAAGAGCGAAAGGAGCUCAUUGAAGAAAAAGAUAGAGCUUUGUAUGAUAGAGAAAAGGCAUCAGCAGACUUAGCUGGGUGCAGAAGUUUGAUGGCGGUUAAGCAGUUGGAACUUGACGAGGCUAUCAAUAAACAAAAAGAGGCAGCUUUGCAUCUUGAACAAUUAACAGAAGAAAAUUUGUUGCUUACUAGUACUAUAAACAUAUAUAAAGCUAAGAUUGAAGAAUAUAAAAUGAAGAAAUCAUCUCAAUCUGGUGAUGAUCAAGUGAUAUAUCCCAUGAUUCCUCAAAUGGAGCAGGCAAGCGUAGAUGAUGGGGGUGAUGAUUCUAACAUAAAAUCAAGUUUGAUUCCAGUGCAGGAUAGAUCCUUAUCUUAUGAUAGCAAUGCAGAAUUAUCACCUUUGGCCCAGCCUAACUUGGACGGGUAUGAUGAGUCAUAUGGGUUUGUAUCUGUUAGGGGACAGUUGGUGCAAGCAGGCAAAGUGCUUCACAAGCUUGAGAAAGCUAUUGAAGAGAUGCAUUCUCAAUUAGAUUCUUUGAGAAGGUCCAGUACCAAGGUAGGUGCACCUGCUGUAUCUAAGUUGAUUCAGGCCUUUGAAUCGAAGUCUCAAACUGAUGAUCAUGAAGCAGAAGGUAUUCCAUUAGCCGAAGAGCAGUCACAUUCUGAUCUGUACAUGUUGACUAAAGAGCAGACAGGAUAUCUUAGAACCUUGUUAAAUGAAAUAAGCGUGGCUGCUGAGAAUGCUGGUGAAUUGGUUAAGGUGGAGAAAAAGGGGAAGAUAGUUGCAGACUCUGCAUUGAAGGAGCUCAAAGUUCAAUACGAUACUUUGCUAGGAGAGAGUUACGAACUGGGAGAAGCAAAGAUUGAACUUUCGGUUCUUUAUGAAAUAAUAAGACAGCAUGUAUGCAACACUGAAGCAAAGAAAGAUGAACUCUUACUUUCUUAUGACACCUUGAGGCAGCAAAACGCCAUUGCUAAAGCAGAGAACAGCGAGCUGAGGAAUAGGCUAAGUUCCUAUGAAUCAAGAAUCAAUGAAAUGCUGGGGCAGUUGGAUGAAUUACACCAGAACUCGCUAGAAAUGAAUUCUUCUAACUAUAACCAGAUGGAAAUUUUGCACAAGGAAGUGUCCGAUAAGACCUUAAUACUAGAGAAAAAAUGGGAUUCUGUUGUUUCUUGGCUUCUUAAUGCAGUUGAAAAGAUGGAUAAGCAUAUUCAGUCCAGUCCCUCGAACCACUUGACCGACACCAGUGAUGAAAAUGACAUUGGUGACCGUUUUGUUGCUUCAGUUGAAGGGGCUACAAGAAUGAUUGAUAAUCUCAAGGAGAAACUUGAUAGUGCUCAUUCAGAAUUUGAUUUGACAUGCAGUUCCUACAGGGAUUUAACUGUAAAAUUUGAUAAUUUGCAUGGGCAGCAUGAGUUGGCAACUGGUUUUUUGCAUAAGAUCUAUGCCAGCCUAGGGGAACUUGUCAGUGAUUCAUAUGGAUAUGUAGAAAAGAGUGAGGCUGAUGUUGAGGUUGAAAAACUGGUAGAUCCUCUGAAUUCAAUCAUUGAACAUUUGAGGAAGCUACUGGAAGAAAGGUUGUUACUGAAGUCUCUGAUCAAUGAAAUCAACUCUGAUUUGAUUGAUAAAACAAACAAGGUUGAGGAGCUCAAUAGACGAUGCUUUGAUGGUGAUGCUAUUAUGAAGCUGGUUAAAGAGGUUGAGGAGAUGGUUAAUCUGGAAGGUCUCGAGAUCAACCUAGAGGAUCCUGCAUCGUUUGUAGAGUCUUUAACCUAUUUACUUGUUCAGAGAUACGAAGAAGCAAAUGGCAUUGCUAUCUCAUGUAAAGAAAAAUUGGGGGUUACAGAACUGAAAUUCAGCGAACUGCAUGCACAAGUAGACCAUAUCAUUUUCACUUUUGUUCAUUGUGAUAAUGAAAGUGUAAUUUACAAGGAAAGUUUGAAGAAUGCUAUGGAAGAUUUGGUUAUGUUGCGGUCUCAGAUGCUAAAGAAAGUAACUGAACUUGAACAAUCAGAGCAGAGGGUAUCUUCUCUCAGAGAAAAGCUCAGCAUCGCUGUUGCCAAAGGGAAGGGCUUGAUAGUUCAGCGGGACGGUCUCAAGCAGUCGCUUGCAGAGAAAUCUGGUGAAUUCGAAAGAUGCUUGCAGGAGCUACAGUUGAAAGAUGCCCAGCUUCUUGAGGUGGAAACAAAACUUAAGGCCUACUCGGAGGCUGGUGAGCGUGUGGAAGCUCUGGAGUCUGAACUGUCCUACAUUCGGAACUCAGCUACUGCAUUAAGAGAAUCAUUUCUUUUAAAAGAUUCUGUACUUCAUAGAAUAGAAGAGAUACUGGAAGACUUAGAGCUGCCGGAGCACUUUCAUGCUAGGGAUAUAAUUGAAAAGAUUGAUUGGUUAGCAAGUGCAGUUGCUGGGAAUUCAUUAGCUCCUGCAGACUGGGAUCAGAAAAGUGGUGCAGGAGAAGGACCACACAUGGAUGCCUGGAAAGAAGAGAUGCCAACACACUCAAAUCCAGAAAAUGAAUUGACAAAAAAGCAUGAUGAUCUACAAAGUAAGUUUUACGCGCUGGCUGAACAAAAUGAGAUGCUUGAACAGUCACUGAUGGAGCGGAAUAAUCUUGUUCAGCGAUGGGAAGAGAUCUUGGAUAAAAUAAAUAUGCCCUCUCAGUUACGGUCAAUGGAGCCAGAAGAUAGGAUUGAGUGGUUAGGAGGAGCACUUUCAGAGGCUGUUCAUCGGUGUGAAUCUCUACAGCAGAAGGUUGAUAAUGUUGAAACCCUUUGUGGAUCACUUUCCACCGAUCUGGAGGAGUCUCGAAAGAGAACAUCCAGCCUUGAAGCAGCUCUUCAUUCAGUUACCAAUGAAAAAGAGCAUCUUUCUACAAGUUUAGAGAUCCUUAGUCGUGAUAAUAAUAUAGUUUCACAGAAGGCAGAUAUGUUUGAAGUAGAAAGAGAAAAAUUGCAAAAUGAAGUAGCUGUUUUGAAGGACAAGCUGGAAAUUCUGCAGGUAAUAGAACAGCGUGAUCACCAUGUUGAUUGUGAGAUAAGAAGAUUACAGGAUUUGCUCAGUGAUGUACUUCAGGAUUAUGAUUCAGGAGGGCAGAAUUUGGGAGCUACUAGUAUUGAGUAUUUAGAACAGUUGCUUCGGAAGCUUGUACUGAAGUACACAGACCUUUCUGCGCAGGAGGUUGUGCCAGUGGUCACAGUUGACAAACAUACCUCUGGAAUAGGUAGUGCAACUCUUGGUGAAAAGACAGAGUCAACUGAGGACCAGCAGGUAGCCACCUUGAGCAAGCAGCUGGAGGAGGUUACGGGAGAUUUGGAACGUGUAAAGGAGGACAUAGCUAUUUAUGCGGAGAAAAAUAGAACUUUGAUUAAUGAGCUUGAAAGACUAGAAGCAGAAAGAGGAGAACUUCGAGAACUGCUUAAGCAGGAGGAGCAGAAAACAGCUUCAGUUAGGGAGAAAUUGAAUAUGGCAGUUCGGAAAGGGAAGUCAGUGGUGCAACAACGUGACAGUAUGAAGCAAACGAUUGAUGAGCUUACAGUUAAUGCAGAGCGCCUGAGAUCCGAGCUUAGCACUCGGGAAGUUGCUCUUUCAGAAUAUGAGCAAAAACUUAUGAACUACCGGCAGAUGAAAGAAGGUGCAGAGUCCAAGAGUUUGAUCAUGGAAAAUCAAUUGGCCGAGGCUGAGCAUGAUCGGCAGGAUAAAAUUCACACUCUCAGCACAAUUUGCAGGGCCUUGGAUGAAAUUGAUAUUGACUUGGGGCAUAAUUCUGUUGAUCCAGUUAAUAAGAUUGUACAGAUUGGUAAAAUAUGUUAUGGUUUACAAGCAGCUACCAAGUCCUCUGAACAUGAUGCAAACAAAUCCAAACGAGCUGCUGAGCUGCUUCUUGCUGAACUGAAUGAGGUUCAAGAAAGAAAUGAUGGCCUUCAAGAGGAGUUAGCGAAAAUCACAAAUGAAGUUUCCAAACUGUCUAUGGAGAAGAAUCUAGCUGAAGCUGCCAAGCAUGAUGCUCAGCUGCAAGUUGAAAACUUAUAUGCUCUCCUCUUGGAGAAGGGAAAUAACCAGAUUUCUGAGUUUGCAGCAUUAAAACCUUGUGUAUAUCAAUUAAGGAGCAGUUUCUCUGAUUUCAUUAAUUUGUUAGGCAAUGCUUUCUCCAAAGACUUGGAAUUAGUGCAUAACCUGGCAGCCACCUCGAAGUCAUACCUAAAAUCAUCCGACAAUGCCAACUUGGUUAGUCUAGGAACUGGACUUGGUUCUGCUGGCAUUGGUCAAAUCGUUUCAGGGAAUGAGGCUACUUCUGCCCACGAGGAAUCUCUUAUUAUCAGUUCUUUCGGGGAAAGGGAGCAAGAUAAAUUUAAUAACAAUACUCAGGGUGAAAUUCGUGAAUUUAUUGAAUACAACCUGCAAGAGCUUAUCGUAGAGAUUAGUGGUGUAAAAGCGAAACUAUACAAACACACAUCUUUACUACAGGAAGAAGCUAAAGUUCUAUCGGAAUCAGUGGAAAGUUUUCAUAAAGAAAUGACUUCUCAGCAUGAAUUAUGUGAAUCAGUCAAGAGAGAGAUGUUUCGCUUGGAGUCCAUUGAGAAACAGAAAGAUGCGGAAAUGAUGGUAUUGCGCAGUGAUGUUUCGAUGCUCUAUGAGGCCUGCAAGAGCUCAUCUGCAGAAUUAAAAAAUUGGAAAGCUCAGCAGGUUGCAAAGGGUUUGGUUCUUCAAGGCCAAGGAUUUAACUAUGACUUAACAACAGCUGGUACUGAAGGAGAACUUAUUGGACAGACUAUCUCAACAUCCGGAGGUUCUGUUAGUGCAACAGCAGAUGAAUUAUUAUUGACUGUUAAGGAAAUUGUCAGUGCUCAAAAUAAAAAUGUAGAGCUCAGUCAAAUGGAAUUGAAAGCUGAGAUCGCAAAUUUGCAAACAGAACUCCAGGAGAAGAACAUUCAACAAGAUAAAGUUUGUUUUGAACUGGUCAAUCAGAUCAAAGAAGCUGAAUCUACUGCAAUGCAGUACUCGAAGGAGCUUCAGUCUGCCAAUGACCACAUAAAUGAUAUAGAGAGAAGGAUUGAUGUACUGGAGAGGGACCGUAGCUCGUUACAGAAGACAGUAGAGGAGGAGCAUAACAGGUUUCAGCAGAAAGUGGAAGAACUAAAAUAUCGGGAAGCUGCUUAUAUAGACAUGCAAGAGAGAAUCAGAUCCCUGACUGAUGCUGUAGCUUCAAAGGAACAAGAAGCUGAAGCUAUAAUGCAAGCACUUGAUGAGGUGGAGGCUCAGAUGGAAGUCUUGAAAAACAAGAAUGAGGAAUUGGAAACUGUUCUGAAACAAAAGAAUCUGGACUUGGUGAAUGCUGAAGCUUCUCUUGGAAAGACUUCAAAAAAGCUUUCUGCUACUGUGCGGAAAUUUGAUGAACUUCAUCAUCUGUCAGAAGACCUCCUGUCCGAGAUUGAAAAGCUUCAAUCUCAGUUGCAUGAUCGGGAUGCUGAGGUCUCUUUUUUAAGGCAGGAGGUCACACGAAGUACUAAUGAUGCUAUAGCUGCAUCACAGAUGAGCAAAAACAGAAACACGGAUGAAAUGCAGGACUUGUUAUCAUGGCUAGAUUCAGUUGUUUCUCACGUCCUGGUGCACAAUAGAAGCUCUUUUGAUAAGGAAAUAAAUCCUGAUCAUGAAUAUAAAGAGAGACUUCAGAAGCAGAUCAUGGCUAUCAUAACCGACUUGGAGGAGCAACGAGCUGUGAUGCAAAGCAAAGAUAAUUUAUUGCGCUUGGAAAGGAAUAAAGUAGAAGAGCUGAUGCGAAAAGGGGAAUCUCUUGAGAAAGAUUUGCGGGAAAAGGAAUCUGAAUUAACUAUUACUCGAGAUGUGGGAAAUUCUGGUCAGGGGGCUUCUGAAAUAGUAGAAGCUGAAUCUGUGACAAACAAAUGGCAAUUACCCGGGUCAUCAAGUGUGUCCCAAGUUCGUAGCUUGCGCAAAAGCAACAACGACCAAGUUGCAAUCUCUGUAGAUAUGGAGCCUGAUAGUAGUCGGGAUUUAGAGAAUGAAGAUGAUGAUAAAGCUCAUGGUUUCAAGUCCCUCACUACAUCUAAGGUUGUCCCGAGAUUUACAAGACCUGUGACAGAUUUGGUUGAUGGCUUAUGGGUUUCUUGUGACCGUGCAUUAAUGCGGCAGCCUGCUCUACGUCUAGGUGUCAUCAUAUACUGGUUCAUAUUGCAUGCUCUAGUUGCAACUUUUGCAGUUUGAGAGGCAAUGGAUCCCCGUCUUGUAACUUUUGCCGUUUAAGGAGCAAGUCACAUGGUGCGGUGAUGAAAUUGUGUUCUGGGAUGGGGAUUUUAUUGUGUUCUGGGUAUGUCUAUCCUGUCCUCAUUGUUGACAAGUAUAUCAAUUAUACGAAUUAGAUCAACCAGGUCGUCAUGGUUCCCUUUUUUAGUGUUCCUUUGUAGCCUGGUUGCACUAUAUAAGCAGAAAAAUUUUAUAUAGGGAACAAAGAUUGAAAAUAUUCAGGUAAAACCAUUUUUUAUCAAUACUCGUGUGUUACAGAUCCUUUCAUGGAUAGAUGUUUUGUUGUACUUGGAAGAAUGUAGUAUUGAUACAGUUUUGUAGUUUGUUUAUACACAAAUUUGACUCCGAAAAUGUAGUCAGGUAUUAGCAAGAAACUUGUUUAUAUGACCUGUGUUUUACAGGAUUUGUAUCUUUGGUUUGUGCCUGUAUCGAAAAUAAUAGCACGGGUGAUGCGUAGCUAUUAUGUUCA